CUUCCGGUUUAUAAGGAGAAGUCGAAAAAUUACAGCUCUUGAUUCGAAAGGCGAUACCAGAUCGAUGGAGGUGCUAAUUAACAAAUUGAAGGAGGAUAUCUCCAAGCGCAGCCUUCCCUCACUGCUGGACAGAAGUUUUAUUAAUACUAAAGAGGAGGAUGGGCAGUUGAAAAUCAGAAUUAUGCAGUGGAAUAUCCUCGCUCAAGCUCUGACACAAGGAGAUGAUAACUUCAUCAUGUGUCCCCCUGAAGCACUGCAAUGGGACAAUCGCCAGCUACGUGUGGUUGAAGAGUUGGUUCGCUACAGCCCGAGUAUCUUAUGCCUUGAGGAAGUUGAUAUAUUUAAGUUCCUCAAAGACACUCUUGGCCAGGUUGGAUAUGAUGGUAUCUUCACUCCAAAACCAGAUUCACCCUGUCAUAAGUUUGAAAACAACAUGGGAUCUGAUGGCUGUGCUGUCUUCUACCAGACUGACAAACUAGAGCUUCUGCAGCAUGAUAGCAUAGUACUGAGAGGAAAAGAUAAUGAAGAGACAAAUCAAGUGGCUAUCCUGUGUAAAUUUCGACUUAAGGCUAACCAGAAGGUCUUCUAUGUCAGCGUUUGUCAUCUAAAAGCGAAGUCGGGGUUUGAUCACUUACGUCAUCAACAGGGAAAGUUCUUACUUGAAGUUUUGAAGAAAAAGGUAACAAGCCACCCUGUAUUUAUUUGUGGUGACUUCAAUGCAUCCCCCAAAGAGCCAGUUUAUGCUGAGUUUAUUGCGAGUGAGCUCGGAAUCGCCAGUGCCUAUUCUCACCUAUCUACGGAGGGACAGGAGCCGAACUACACAACAUGGAAAAUACGAGGAACUCACGACGGUCAGAAAACAGAAAGUUGUAAAACUAUAGAUUAUAUCUGGUAUUCUACUGAUAAAGCUUCGAUUACCUCAGUAUUAAAUCUGCCUUCACCUGAGGCUAUCGGAGAGGCCAGGCUCCCUUCCUAUACCUACCCCUCUGAUCAUUUCUCUCUCGUAUGUGAUGUUGUCAUCAACAGUUAAGGCAAAACCAAACUAGAUUCUAAGUUAUUUACUUUAGGUAAUAGAUCACAUUUGUAAAAUAGUUUUUAUGCUUGUUAAAAAAUAGGUUUAAAGAUAAGCUUAUUGCCAUUAUCUAUUUUUUGUAAUAAUGAAGUAUUUUGUAAAACAUAAUGGAUUUUUGCAUUUGUAUUGUUAAGUAAUCUGUGUAUUUUGUGUAUUUUUUCAAUAUGAACAAAUAGUGUUAAUGCUGCACCAUUAUUCUGCCAAUGACAUGUGUGAUGAUGCAUAAAAAUUGGUAUUCUGAGAAUAACAAUAUGUUGGACUAAAUAAAUGCAAUGCUUAAAUGAGAUCCUGCAGAAAGUAAUCAUUCUCUUGAAAUUAGAGCUUGAUUUCUAUAUCACAACUUGUUUAUGUACUGUAAAGAGUGGCAUUAUGUAAAAAGAGCUACAAAACAAUUGAAAGAAUAUACAUAGGUAUACUACAACCUAGCAUAACACUUUAUACCAUUUGUAUGGUUUAAGUUAAAGAAAGAAUAUAAAAUGGUGUAACUAAAAUUCUGUAAUGUUUUCUAAUGUAAGGAUAACUGCCACUGUAUAUCUACUAUAAGUAAAAUAUUUAUGAUUGUAUGCAACAAUUGAUUCAUUCUCCAGAAUCUACGAGAUUGAAAUUAAUAUUUUAUCAUUUGUAAUGAGUUCCAUUCAAAUAUUCUCUAAGAUUUUCUGUGGUUACCAGGUGGCAGAAAUUUCCACUAAAAAAUUUAAAAUGGAGGAAUUCUAUGGUAGUUUCAUUUUUUGAUUUUGUAUUAUUAUUGCUUCUGACUCAUUUUGAUCCAACAGAGUUAUUUCCCUUCAUUUCAGUUCGUAAGUUUCUGACUCCAAUAUUUCUUGUUUUGAUUGGUUUAUGGUUUAUAAACCAGAUUGAUAGGUGGGUUUGUCUGUCUGGGUUCUACAGCUGCUUAGUGUUUAUGUACAAAGUCAUGUGUCACAUUUAGUGUUUUAAUUUUCACUGGUGCUUCCUGUAAAAUUCGAUUCCCACCCUGUGUAUGGCAGGAUGUUUAACUUUUCAUCAACAUCAUUAUCAGUGUGAAUACUAUAACCUUUCUAACAACAGCAUCCGUCUAUUGCUUUGUGACUGUGCUCUAGAAUCAUUUGUUUGAUGGGCUUGUUACCAUGUUAACAGCAUUAUUCUCACUAACUCCUAAACAGUGAGUUAAUGCUAUUCUUCAGAGUCCCCCUUCCAUCAAGAAUUAUGGGCAAAUAUUUCAAAACAUAAGUUAAUCAAUUCUACACCUGUCCUGUCAUAUGUAACAGUUGUUAGAGCUCUAUGAAUGAUUUUAUUGCAGUUUUAAGUCAGAAAUACAUUGUAUUUUUUUCUCAAAAAUUUGGAUAUUUUUGCAUACUCUUUAAAAUUUUGAAUGAAAUUUUGAAAUGAUUCCGAGGUCAUCAGUAGAUGAUGCAGUAUUUCUGCUUGACUUAUCAAAAAGGUAGACCUCAACAUGUGAUGUAGUUAUAAUAGACCACGGGGAUUACAUGUAGGUAAUUAUUCCAAAUUUCUACCAUAUUAUUGGCAUAAUUUUUUCAAAUAGUCCAGAAGGAUUUGUCUUAUAGUUUUCUUGCUAAGCAUAUAUCAUUUAUUUGGUAUCUAGCAUACAUACUUUCUAUUAUAGGAAUGUAUUUAGCUUUAAAAAUUUGACUUCGUUAGUACACAAAAUUGAAUAUUAACAUUCUCCAGUCAUUCUGAUCUAUCAGAGUAACUUCCCCUUGUCCUCGCUGUACCAUUACAGCUGGUAUAUGGGACUGACAAAUAUCUCCAGUAAACUUGACAAUAAUUGAUUGCACUUUUUUGUGGGCUUACCUUUACCAUUGUACAAUGAUCAUUGUUGUUAGGAGCCUUACAUUUUAAAUACUUCAUUACAUACAGUUUGAUGUUAUUCAAUCUGGGUGCAAUAUAUAUGUGUACAUAUUUGGUUAAAUUCCUAACUUGUGACUAACUGUGAUAUUUGACUAUUUCUUAAAAAAAAAAAAUCAGUAUUUAUAUCAGAUCUCCUUGUCAUUGCCGAC